AUGUCCUACGCCUUCACUAGGUCACUAGGGUUUUUCUCCACACUGAAGAAGGUCAUUUUAUCAACAAAGAAAGCGAAUAGCAGCCUCUCUCUACCGGUUGCUGCUUCAGCUAUGGAUGGUAUUUCAAGUUGCGCGUUGGUAUUAUGCGGAAAAUCAUCGGCAGAGAAUGAAACUGCCAAAACGCUGAAGAACAGUGGCGCUCUGAAGCUCACUGACAACACUGAGCUUUCAAUUCUUCUGCACUCUGAAUCGGCAAAACCGAUCAAGGAAGACGCUUUUGGGGUGGAUUCGUUCAUGAACUCUCUCUCAACCAAUCGGUUCGGAAGGUUCCUCCUUUGGUCUCCACGCUUGCCUUCAACGCACGACGUCGUCUCCCAGAAUUUCUGUGAGCUUCCGAUCGGUGCGGUUUGUGUAGCUGAUGUUCAGUACAAAGGGCGAGGCCGGUCGAAGAAUGUGUGGGAAUCUCCCAAGGGUUGCCUUCUUUUUUCCUUUACUUUGCAGAUGGUGGAUGGCCGAGUCGUGCCUCUUAUACAAUACGUGGUGUCUCUUGCUGUCACGGAGGCAAUAAAGGAUGUCUGUGAUAAAAAUGGCUUGCCAUAUGUUGAUGUUAAAAUAAAAUGGCCAAAUGAUCUUUAUUUAAAUGGCCUCAAAGUGGGAGGUAUUUUAUGCACCUCGACAUUUAAAUCGAAGCAGUUCAAUGUCUCUGCUGGUAUAGGUUUGAAUGUUGAUAAUGAGAAACCAACUACAUGCUUGAAUACAUUUCUUAGAGAAUUGUCUGUUACGACAUACCAAUUUAGAAGAGAAGAUAUUCUUGCCGCCUUCUUUGACAAAUUUGAGAAAUUUUAUGAGCUUUUUAUAAAUCAAGGAUUCCAAUCUCUUGAGGAGCUAUACUAUCAGACAUGGCUACACAGCGGACAGAGGGUUAUUGUGCAAGAAAAGAAUGACGAUCAAGUAGUGGAAAACGUGGUCACUGUUCAGGGUUUGACCUCAUCAGGAUAUUUGUUAGCUAUUGGUGAUGACAACCAGAUGUGUGAACUUCAUCCUGAUGGCAAUAGGUAA